AUGGUUUUGGCUCAAGCUCCUCUAAGGCUUGCCUUGGAGCGAAAUCCAGCUGGUUUUGGGCUUAUAAAUCCUGGUUUUAAGCAGCUUCAAGACCGUGAGGAGCUGACAAAACAUCCGGUGGGAGGGUAUGAUAGUAUCUCUUAUUGGGGAGCCCAUAUCAAAAUAUGCCCCCUUUCACCUACCAUCUGUAGGAAACCAUUUGGCAAUGCUGCAAGCCAAUUUAAGCCUUGGACUAAUCCAGGCCGAACCGCCCAUCAGAACGGUUGGUCGCUAUUGGCUAGCCCGCAAGCCAUCUCCAGAAAUUUGGACUCGUUUACAGCUGCAAUGCUUCCAAAGCUCACGUAG